AUGUUCAUCACUAACGAUCAUAUUGGGGACAGAAGUAGUUUAGAAGACUGGAGAAUCAAGGGAUAUGAUCCAUUGACCCCACCGGACUUAUUACAACAUGAAUAUCCCAUCGGUGAAAAGGCCAAAAAGAUCAUCGUUGAAGCUAGAGAGAAAGUAUGUGACAUUUUGAAUGGGAAGGACGACCGUUUAGUUGUAGUUAUUGGGCCAUGUUCUAUUCAUGAUCCAAAGGCUGCCUACGAAUACGCAGACCUUUUGAAGAAAAUUUCUGAUGAAUUAUCCGAUGAUCUAUUAAUCAUUAUGAGAGCGUACUUGGAGAAACCUAGAACCACUGUUGGCUGGAAAGGUUUGAUCAAUGAUCCAGAUAUCGAUAAUUCUUUCCAAAUUAACAAAGGUUUAAGAAUUUCUAGAGAGAUGUUCACCAGAUUGACUGAAAAAUUACCAAUCGCUGGUGAAAUGUUGGACACCAUUUCUCCACAAUUUUUGAGUGACUGUUUCUCUCUGGGUGCUAUCGGCGCUAGAACCACUGAAUCUCAACUACAUAGGGAAUUAGCUUCUGGUCUUUCUUUCCCAAUUGGUUUUAAGAAUGGUACUGACGGUGGUCUCCAAGUUGCUGUUGAUGCCAUGAGAUCUGCUGCACACUCACAUUACUUCUUGUCUGUUACUAAACCUGGUGUCACUGCCAUCGUUGGAACAGAAGGUAACGAAGAUACCUUUGUUAUCUUAAGAGGUGGUAAGACUGGAACUAAUUUCGAUGCUGAAAACGUAAAAAAGACGCAAGCCGAAUUGGUCAAGGCAAAGGUUGCUGAUGCUGAAGGUGUCCAAAGAAGAAUCAUGGUUGAUUGUUCUCAUGGGAAUUCAAAGAAAGAUUUCAGAAAUCAACCAAAGGUGGCUCAGUCACUUUACGAACAACUAUCAGCUGGUCAAAAUGCUAUCUGUGGUGUCAUGAUCGAAUCUAACUUAGUCGAAGGUAGACAAGACGUUCCUCCAGAAGGUGGCCGUGAAAAGUUGAUUUACGGAUGUUCUAUCACCGAUGCCUGUAUCGGUUGGGAAACAACUGAAGAUGUUCUAAGAUUAUUGGCAAAGGGUGUUAAAAACAGAAGAGCUCUUUCAAAGGCUUGA